AUUUAAUGAAGUAAAGAAAAAUUGUGUACAGUGUACGCACAUAUUACCUAUGAACUAAAAGCAAAAUUAUAAAUUUGAUACAAGUGGUUUAAUAGCAUAGGUACCAUAAAGAUAUAGCAGUACAGAACUACAUAUUCAACCGCUUGCGUUACAUAUGAAUGCAAGGAAAUGUGUUUUUAUCUAUUCGUAUUUAAACUUCUUCAUUGAAAUAGCUCAUCGCGUGUCCUGGUUAAAAACAAAAAUAAAUUGAAAAUGGCUUUAAAUGUGCUCACAAGGUUAUUAAAACGAAAGGAGUUGUCCAAAUUAUUACCUUACAAACGACAAAUACUAGAAACAAAUGUAUUUCACACUCACAUUAUUCCCAAGGUUCAAUAUUCAAUAUUGCACAAUCAAAUAUUAAAAGGUACAAAACUACGAGAGAUACAAAGCUUAAGAUUUUAUUCUGUAAAAACUGAGCAGAAAAAGGAAGAUGAUGAUUACAGAAGCGAUAAUAGCAUUACUGUUAUUGGUCAAGAUAUACCCAGUCCUUUUGUUGACAUAGAAGCCAGUGGAUUUCCUGAAUAUAUAAAAACAUUUUUGAAGAUGCAAGGUAUCACAAAACCAACUGUGAUACAGUCACAGGGAUGGCCAAUAGCUUUGAGUGGUAAAAACUUUGUGGGUAUAGCACAAACAGGUACCGGAAAAACAUUGGCUUUUCUUUUACCAGCUGUUGUUCAUAUUAAAGAAAAUAAAGCAAAAAAGGGGCGAGGACCAAUUGUUCUGGUUCUUGCCCCAACCAGGGAAUUGGCAAGACAAAUAGAGCAGGUGGCACAGGAUUUUAAUGAGCAAUUAGGUAUACGUUGUGCUUGUAUUUACGGUGGAGCAAAUAGAAGUAAACAAGCAGCACAGUUACAAGCUGGAGUUGACAUAGUAAUUGCAACUCCAGGAAGACUGAAUGAUUUUCUUAUUACUAAGACAACAACAUUAAGCAGGUGUACAUAUGUGGUGCUAGAUGAAGCGGACCGAAUGCUGGAUAUGGGUUUUGAACCUCAGAUACGUCAAGCUUUAGAAGGAGUACCACUAGAGAGGCAAAUCCUGAUGUUCUCAGCAACAUGGCCAAAGGAAGUCCGCACUCUUGCAAAAGAUUAUUUAGGUGAAUUUGUCCAGGUCAAUGUUGGUUCUACUGAGUUGUCUGCCAACCGCAACAUACAACAAAUUGUCCAUGUAUGUGAACAAGACGAAAAAGCCGAGAAGUUUACAGAGAUAAUGCAUAAAAUAUCUGGUUUAGGUUUUGGUAAAACAUUAGUAUUUACAAACACUAAGAAAUCUGUGGACUAUCUUGAGAGAGUGCUUCGGGGAAAUGGAUGGCCAGCUCUAGGUAUUCAUGGGGAUAGAACACAACUCCAGAGAGAUAUGAUCAUCAACAAAUUUAAAACUGGAAAGACUAAUAUUCUAGUAGCUACAGAUGUUGCAGCUAGAGGUCUUGAUGUUGAUGGAGUGACACACGUAGUAAACUAUGACUAUCCCAAUACAUCUGAAGAUUAUAUUCACAGAAUAGGUAGGACAGGGCGUCAAGAUAACAAGGGCAUAUCUCAUUCUAUACUCACUGAAGAAAAUGCAAGACAGGCAAAGGAUUUAAUAGAAGUUUUGAAAGAAGCUAAACAGGAUAUCCCCCAAGAAUUGUAUGACUUGGCUCGCUCGUUUGACAUCACGAAAUCCACUGAAAAAUUUUACAAAAAGAAAAGCUUCCAGAAGCCGUACAAUUUUAGUAAUAAUGCGAGUAAAAGAUGGAACAGAUUUAGAAAUGAUAGAUAUUACUAAGUUAUGUAAUUUCCUUGCAGUUACAGCUAUAUUAAGUAGUGUUCAAUAUCUUGUUUAAUUUUACUAAUGUGAUAAUAAAUAGUUGUGUAGCCGAUUGUU